AAGUCUCUGUCUCUCUCUCUCUCUCUCAUCGGAGUUUCUCUCUUACCCAAACUCUUUCUCUCUAACCACCUCUAACUCGCUUCCCAUCCUCUUUCUGCUUAUCUCUCUCGCUCUAAACCCAAAUGUCCAAUUCUCUUGACAACCGGCUCAACCCCUUCGAAACCCUAAUUUCAGAGCAACCUGCCAAUAACAACCGCCCCCUGAAGCUCAACGUAGGCGGCCAACUCUUCGAAACCACGCCUUCCACUCUUCAACGAGGAGGCCCCGACUCUCUCCUCUUUUCUCUCUCUACAAUCCUCACCUCCCCAAUCUUCAUUGACAGAGACCCCCAAAUUUUCUCUCUCCUCCUUUCUCUCCUCCGUACUGGCCGCCUCCCCUCUCUCUCUUUACAAUUCUCCAAGGAAGAGCUCCUGGAAGAAGCCCAAUACUAUGGAAUCGAAGCUCUUCUCAAGAAGGCCAUGGCUCCCCCUCCUCUCCAAGGGUUCGACAUGAGUCGGGUCGCCGUAAUUUGGCCAGAAAACUCUGGUUUUCAGACCAAAAAGGGCAGUUUUCGUGCGGUUUUCGCAACUUCAGGAGACGGGUCUCUGUGGGUUGCUCACGAUGGCCAGAUCACCGGCUAUGAUUCCAUGCUCUCCCACUCCGGAACCUUUCGAACCCACAUCGAUCGAAUCUCUUCUCUCUCUAGAAUUUCACCAUUGACUUGUGGAAUUGGAUCAGAAGAAACCCCAGGCCUCCAUUUUUACCAGCUUUUAGGUGGUCAAUUCUUGGGCUCUGUAAAUUGGGUCGAUCCAUCUGAUCCAAGAAUCUUCAAGGCCAGUGUUACAGCCAUUGAUUCAUCCGAAACUAAUGUUUUCGCCUCUUUCGAAUGCAGACACAGAGAGAACUGCAUAUUAUCGGUCGACCAAUCGAGUUUGAAGGUGGUUUCAGAGAUAGGGAGGCAAGGGGGAAGCUCUGCAAAGGCCAUGGCAGCCAUGAAGCUGAGGUUUUUGAAGGAAUUUGGGGCUUUGAUGGUUGUAUCAGUGACCUCUGGUGCGUUUGGUCACAGUGGGUAUGUGAGGUUGUGGGAUUUGAGGAGUGGAGGGGUGGUUUGGGAAUGGAUUGAGCCUGGUUCAGGGAGGAGUGGGAGGUUUGGGGAUACAAUGGCGGAUGUGGAUGCAGAUGAAGUACUGGGUGCCAUGUUCAAGGUGUGCUCAAAAUCAGGAGACAUUGCAAUGGCAGAUCUAAGGAAUUUGGGAUCUGGGGAUCCAUGGAUUUAUUUAGAAGAAAGCAAUCCAAGUCUAAAAAAUUCAGGAGGAGGCCAUGGCAGUUUGAUUCAUUGUUACAAUGAGCAAGUCUUUUGCAGCAAAGAGAGUGGAUUAGAGGCAUGGUGCAAGAUUCCAGGCACUGAACACUUAGAGAGAGAAACUGUACCCGAAAGACUUCUAGAGAGAGAAACGUUGCCUGAAAAAGCUUUUAGGCGUAAUUUUGUAGAGAGAGAAUCAAGAGGUGUGAUUACAGGGAUAGAAUGUGGUGGUGAGAGAUUGUUUUUGAGUAGGGAAGGGAGUGAAGAAAUUCAAGUGUGGGAGACGAGGAGGAGCUCGGGCUCCUUCUUGGCAUGAGAGAGAAAAGCAUGUUUCUCUCUCUAACAAUACAUUCAUCUUUCUCUCUAAUCGUCAAAGGUUGGCUUUUGUACACAAGAGGUUUCCAUUAUAAAUUUUGGAAGAUAUGGUUUCUUUUUGCUUCUUUUAAUAAUGAAAAGGUUUUCAUUAUUGCCCAAAU